AUGGAGGAAAGAGAGAGAGUAUUGAGAAGAGAGAAGAGUGUUCUAAAUUCAUUAAAGAGAUAUUUUGCUCCAGUAUCAUCAAAGUUGCCGCAAUCAAGUUCAUCCAUUCAAAAUACUCCUCGCGUGGAAGAGAACUUGAAUCAAGUAGAAGAAAAUCAUCAUUCUGCUAAAAGACAAAAGCAAAGAGUAAACUUGAAUUCUUUACUGGUAGAUCCAAAAGAAAGAAAAUUCAUUUGGGAAUAUAAUCUGAAUGAUCGUGAUGAGAUUAGGCGAGCAUAUAUUCAAAGAGGUCCUCAUCAACCUCGAGUUCGAGAGUUUCCUCAAAGAGAUAUUUCUGGAUUAAAAUGUCGUUUUAAUCGUAAAUGGUUUAAAAUAUAUCAUGAUUGGUUGGAGUAUAGUGAAAUUGAAGAUGUUGCUUAUUGUUUAUGUUGUUAUUUAUUUCAAGAUGAAAGCAUUCAUCAAGGUGGAGGUGAAACAUUUUCAAGUAUAGGAUUCAAAAGUUGGAACAAAAACAAAAGAUUAGAUAUGCACGUUGGAGGGCCGAACAGUGAUCACAAUAAGGUAAAGAAAAAGUGUGAAGAUCUAAUGCAACAAGAACAAUCAAUUGAAGCCGCAUUUGUGAAGCCAUCCAAUCAAACCAAGCUUGAAUAUAAAAUUUGUUUACAAGCUUCUGUUGAUGUGGAUAUUGUCACUGCAUGUAAACUUGAAACAGUUAAAGUUAUUAUGGAGGAUCUAAAUGGUGAUUAUUUCUCAUUGUUAGUAGAUGAAUCUUGUGAUGUGUCACGUAAGGAACAAAUUGCAAUUGUUUUGCGUUAUGUUGAUGGUGGGGAAUCUGUUGUGGAACGAUUUAUAGGGAUUGUCCAUGUUCAUGAUACUAGUGCUUUAUGUUUAAAAGAAGCAGUUGUUAACUAUCUUACUCAACAUUCUUUGAGUUUAUCUUGUAUACGAGGGCAAUGCUGUGAUGGAGCAAGCAAUAUGCAAGGACAUCUAAGUGGCCUUAAAGUUUUGAUUCAGCAAGAAAGUAGAUCAGCUCAUGCAAUUCAUUAUUUUGCUCAUCAACUUUAG